AUGAUGCAAAAUGGACAAUGCUUCGAGGCCCAUGCCGACGCCGACCUUUGGGACAUCCUGGCAGCUCUUUUGGCUCAGCUGGACCCUGCACAAUUUCAGGUUCGCCAUACCCCCUCUCACUUGGAUACGGGUCUUACCACUUCUCCUUUUGAGGGUUGGCUGGCGUGCCACAACGGCCAUGCGGAUACUCUGGCGAAUUUUGCCAAUUCUAACAGGCCGCAGUACUUCGUGCAAGUCUACCAGGCCGCGCUCCGCUACCACUCUGACAUGCUGCAGACGCUUCGAGCUCUUCGCGGAAUCUACUUUGCCAUCGCUGAUGCUACGGCCAGCCGAGGUGGCCGUGCACGAGAAGGCGUUGAGUCUGCAGAUCUUGAGGAGCGAGCCCGACCUCUGGCCGUUCCCAGACGUGCUGAGCUGGAGUCUCUGAUUCCGGUCGGAUGGGCUCAGCUGGUUGCUGCAGCGGGCUGUGAUCUGCCGAGUGAUUUUAUUCAGACUCUCUGCCGCUUUGUCUUUGUACAGGAUAGCAUUGCGGAGACUGCUUUUGCAGUGACUUGGCUGGAACUUGUUUUCAUGUUGGCCACGGUUGACGACUUUGUUUAUCCUGUUUCGGGCCCCCAGGGCGGUUGGCUUUCUCCAGCUUCAAUUGCUUUUCUUCCUCCUCCGCCAACUGUUGCGGGGAGGCUCACUUUCGUGAAACGUGCCUUGCGACAUGCCUUCAAGUGUCUUCGGCUUCAAUGCUUGUUUAUUUCGGGUGUUGAUCGUACUGAGUUGGGGAUCACUUUUCCUCUUGAUGGCAUUGUCAUCGGAGCUGAUGAACACCUUCUGCUCCGGGCCAGGGCUUCUCUAGGCCACUUUGCACAGGGGCGCCGUGUGAACUCCCGCGCUGCGCUCGCUCGGCCACUUUAA